AUGGAAGAAAGUUGUCGUAACGAUCUAAUGAAUAGGACACGGCGAAACAGAACAAGUUUUACGCAAGCACAAUUAAACAUAUUGGAAGAGGCUUUCAAAGCUAACAGUUAUCCAGGCCAAGAAGUUCGAGAACGCAUCGCUGCAGCCACCGAAUUGGAUGAGGGUAAAAUACAGGUCUGGUUUAGCAAUCGUCGUGCACGCUGUCGAAAAUCUUUGGCAGCUUCAUGUAUCAAUUCAUUUGUGUUUUAUCCUCAUUCUCCAGUGCCACUUCUUCAGGAUGCGGUUUGUCUCCUCUCACUGCAGCUUACACAAUAA